ACCAAGUGGUGAUCAAUGUCUUGAUUACGCAAUGUAUGUGUUGGUACAACUCGAGGAUACCAUUCGUAUUCCUCCGCAUAUGUUUGCCAUCAGUCAGAAGGAAGCCAUCACUGAUGAACUGAACCGAAAGUUGGCUAAUCGGGUUAUCAUAAACACUGGUCUCUGUAUAUGUCUGUCCGAUAUCACCAAAAUUGGUAAAUCAUUUCUCUAUCAAAGCGAUGGCGCGACCCAUACGUUAGUUAACUUCCGAUUUGUGGUGUUUCGUCCGUUUAUUGGUGAAGUAAUAGUCGGCAAAAUAAGGUCGUCAUCGAUGGAUGGAGUGCUUGUGUCGUUGGGAUUCUUUGCCGACAUCAUAAUACCACCUCAUUAUCUUCAGGAUAACUCCAAAUUCGAUGAAACGGAACAGUUGUGGUUUUGGGAGUACGAAGACAACAAACUAUUUAUGGAUAUCGGAGAAAAAAUUAGAUUUAAAGUCAAAGAGGAGCUGUUUGUUGACACAUCACCAUCUGGUCCCACAUCGACCUCAAACAUAUCCGGUGGCGAUAAUACUAAUACAGUUACCGAUAAUAAACGCAAAAUUCCGUAUUUAAUCAAAGGAACAAUCAAUGAGUCCGGAUUAGGUCUGAUCUCGUGGUGGAAGGAGUGAUAUAUUUAUGUUAUUGUUUUCAUAACUAACUAAAU